AAAGGUCUGCCAGCUGUCCUACGAGUUAGUGUGGGCUGCCGUGUGAUGCUGAAGUUGAACCUGUGGGUCAGCGUUGGCUUGGUUAAUGGAGCCACCGGAACAGUCGAUAAGGUUGUUUACGAACUAGAUAGCAGGCCUCCAGCACUACCGAUUGCCAUUUUCGUGCGGUUCGACAAAUACCAUGGACCUGGUUUUCCUGGAUUAGAAAACUGCGUUCCGAUAAAACCAGUAACGAAAUCCUGGUCAAACGUUGACUGUCCGGAGUUCAAGUCAAAUAAGCAGCACUGCUGCAGUCGGACCGCCAUUCCAUUGGUUCAGGCCGAUGCUGUGACCAUCCAUUCUAGCCAAGGCCGUACUAUGGAGAAGACGGUGGUUGAUCUGGGCAAAAAGGAGUUCGCUCCCAGCCUCGGUUUUACCGGUUCCUUACGCACUCGCCGAUUAUCGGAUUUAGCCUACGGAAAGACAUUCGAUUUUAAAAGAAUUCAAUUUUCUGGCUCAAGGGUAAUAGCUGACCGCCUCAAGGAGGAAGCCAGAUUGGAAUCUUUAGCGAAAUCAACAUUUUGCAAUGGUGAAACAGCAUACAACACCGAACAGGCGGAGAUGGAAAGAAGUAACCCGCAAGAAGGAUCCGACCGUCAAGAGGAGAAAAACGAAAGAAGACUGGCAAUCUGGAGCGCGUUCUUGAAUAAAACGCUGGCCGAUAGAAGAUUGACACUUGUCAAUGUCGCGGGCGAUAGCAACUGCUUUUAUCGUGCCUUGUCGUUUGCAUUAUAUGGAACCGAAGAUCGGCACCUUGGAGUUCGCACAAGUAUUCUUGAGUUUCAUGUCACGUACUGAAAACUUCCCUUUUCUAAAGGAGCGGUGUCCAGAUUUAACCAGGGAGAGAUUGUUGUUUCUCUUAAACGAAAUGCUCGAAGCAAAUACGUGGGCUGGUGCCGAGCAAUUGGUACCAGCUCCUGAAGCUCUGAACUGCAGUAUUACUUUUAUUUUUCCGCAUAAUGUUUGGAAUUUCGGUGAAAAUCAGUCUCAGAAAUCUGUGUGUUUAGUUUAUGAUGGAAUUUCUCAUUAUAUGACUGCGGUAUC